GGAUCUGCCACGGAGGACUAGCCUCCGCCUUUGGCUAGCGCGGCCUCCCGGUUGCCAUAGUGAUCACUUCCUGGUCCACGUCGAGGGAGGCCCGAUGGCGGCCCCGGAGCCUUCGGCUGACCUAGAGGAGGCGAGCCUGCUGGCAUGGCUGUUCCGCAGGGCGGCCUCGCCGCUCCCUCCGCCCCUGGCGGCAGGGGACGCGGAGCUGGCGACCUACCUGGCGGCCCUGGCGGGGCUGGGCCUGGAGGCCUUGCGGAGGGAACCCAGCCGGUUGGCGGAGGAGCGAGCGCAGCUCGGGGCGCAGACGCGGGCCUUGGCCUUCGCCCACUACAAGACUUUCAUCCGCUCCGCCGAAUGCACCGCUGAGACGCGUCGCGGCUUCGGCGGCAUCGAGCAGGGCCUUGACCGCCUCUUGGGCCGCCUCCCACCCUUCGCCGAGGCCUGCCGGAACUUCAUGCAUGAGGCUGAACAGAUCGCCCAGAACCGCCGUAUGAACAGCCUGACCCUGAACCUCCACACAGAGAUCCUAGAAGUGCUGGAGAUCCCCCAGCUGAUGGACACCUGCGUCCGCAACAGUUACUAUGAGGAGGCCCUGGAGCUGGUGUCCUACGUCCGUCGACUGGAAAAGAAGCAUGCCACCAUCCCUGUCAUCCAGGGCAUAGUGGCAGAGGUGCGUCAAUCCACACAGCUCAUGCUUACGCAGCUGAUCCAGCAGCUUCGCACCAACAUUCAGCUGCCAGCCUGUUUGCGCAUCAUUGGCUACCUUCGCUGCAUGGAUGUCUUCACUGAGGCUGAGCUACGAAUUACUUUCCUGCAGGCACGGGACAUCUGGUUACGUUCUAUCCUUGCUGCUGUUCCUGGUGACGACCCCUAUGUGCAUAUUACCAAGACCAUUGAGGCCUGCCGCGUGCACCUCUUUGACAUUGUCACGCAGUACCGUGCCAUUUUUGCUGAUGAGGAGCCGUUGGUGCCUCCCCCUGGGCAGGACACCCUCAAUGAAAGUGCCAUCUUCCAUGGGUGGGUCCUGCAGAAGGUCUCCCAGUUCCUGCUGGUGCUUGAGCGUGACUUGCAGCGUGGUGUGGGCAGCCGCCUGGACUCCCUGCUGGGCCAGUGCAUGUACUUUGGCCUCUCCUUCAGCCGUGUUGGAGCGGACUUCCGGGGCCUGCUCAUCCCCAUAUUUCAGCGGGUGACACUAGUCACCUUCAAGAGAGCCAUGCAGGAAGCUGUGAACAAAUUCCAGGAGGAGAUGAACUCCUACACGCUAAUCUCUGUGCCGGCUGCCUUGGGCAGCAGCAGCAGCAGCAUCCCUGUGGCAGUGGCUCCUUCUGCCCAGCCAGGCACCCUGCAGCCCCCCAUGGUGCUGCUAGAUUUCCCACCACUCGCUUGCUUCCUCAACAACAUCCUGGUAGCCUUCAACGACCUGCGCCUCUGCUGCCCUGUGGCUCUUGCCCCAGACGUGGCGGCUACCCUGGAGGAUGCACUUGGCCAGGUGACAAAGGUCAUUUUGGUUUUCCACCGGGCAGAGGCUGUGGCCUUCAGCAGCCGAGAGCAAGAGCUGUUCAUUCACUUCUGCAUGGCAUUUCUGGAAGACUUGGUGCCCUACCUCAACCGCUGCCUGCAGCUCCUCUUCCCCCCAGCACAAAUUGCACAGACUUUGGGUGUUCCUCCAACACAGCUGCACAAAUAUGGCAGUCUUGGUUGUGUGGAUGAGCAGCUGAUUCAGGAGCUGCUGGCCUCAGUCCUGCCGGAAAAAGAGACUGUCUAUCCCUUGUCUGAAGAGAAAAGGCUGACUGAAGAAAGCCUAGCACCUCCUCCAUUGGACUUGGAACUCCCUGAUGCCAGGCAGGAAGCAGAUUCCAGUGCCCCAGUCCCUGUUGUGGAAGCAGAAGAGAGCAGUGCAGCUUCUGGUGAUGCCUUGCUGCUGAGUGCUCCUCUAGAAUAGUUUUCACUGGAUUUUGCCUGUUUUCUGGAGUUCCAUGAUACUUGAACCUGACUGAGGAGAGACUCAUUCCUGCCAUGGGCAGGCACAGCUCUUGGUUUUUGGGUUCUACUUCAGCACUUCAAGGACAGACUGAGUUGAGCUUUCAUUGCUCUGGUGGGAAGGAAGUUGGGUGUGGACACUGGGAGGAAGGAAUUUUGGUGAAGGUGGAUCAGGGUUUGAAUAAACUUGAUUGCUUGUUUGGUU